AUGAGUGUUAUCAAUAAGAGCUUCCUUACUGUGUUCUCCUUAUUCCUUCUUGUUAUCAACUUCACCUUCACCCAUGGCGCUAGGUUUGACGUCACAAACAGUUGCCCUUACACCGUUUGGGCGGCAGCUGUGCCAGGCGGCGGCCAGCAACUGAAACCUUGCCAGACGUGGAGCCUCGACGUGGCUGCUGGCACUACCCGUGCUCGCAUAUGGGCCCGAACCAAUUGCAAAUUCGACGGGUCGGGCCGUGGACGGUGCCAGACCGGCGAUUGUGGAGGUCUCCUUAGAUGCCAAGCCGAUGGGACACCCCCAAACACACUUGCAGAAUUUGCCCUAAACCAAUACAUGAAUCUGGACUUCUUUGAUAUCUCACUUGUUGAUGGCUUCAAUGUUCCCAUGGAGCUUAGUCCGACGUCUAAUCGGUGCCGCGGAAUCCGGUGCGCCGUUGACAUCAACCGGCAGUGCUUAAACGAGUUAAGAGCUCCAGGUGGUUGCAACAACCCUUGCACGGUGUUUAAAACGGAUCAAUAUUGUUGCAAUUCUGGGAAUUGUGGACCCACUAAUUAUUCAACAUUCUUCAAGGAUAAGUGCCCCGAUGCUUAUAGUUACCCUAAGGAUGAUGCUGACAGCGUUUUCACUUGCCCAGGAGGAACAACCAACUAUAAGGUUGUCUUUUGCCCCUUGAAUUAGAAUAUGUGCGU